GGGUAAGACAAAGGGGGUAGGGAAAGGGGUGAGAAAGAGAAAUGGGAUUCAGCCUUUAACCUAACAGUUCCUCACACACAACUGGUACAACUGGUUGUAUAAUGUGUACUUUUUGUUUAUAAUCUGUCUGUUUGCAUCUUGUGUUUGACGCUCGUUAUCAGGUGAGCACAUUCGUUUCUGAGCUGGAACUGUAACUGAGGUCACUUAGGUUUCUGUCUCUGGCAGCAGGUUGCUGCUACUCUUACAGAUAGAAGAAGAACUGAAGACAUGGAUCCAGCAAAGUUUGAUGCAAAGCCCGGAGACCUGAUCGAGAUCUCCCGAGGGUUAUACCAGCACUGGGCCCUCUACAUCGGUGAUAUGGAAGUCGUUCAUUUUACCGCUGGAGAUGGUGAUAUUGGCGUGGAGGGCUGGGGAAAGGUGAAGCGGGAGAACAUCUGGAAAGUGGUGGGCAAUGAUAAGUUCCACGUCAACAACUCCCUAGAUGACAAGUACCCGCCUCGUGAGAUCGACAUCAUCGUGAAGGAGGCCAUUGGCAUGGUGGGUCGCAAGCGGUGGUACUCCCUCUCGACUAGCAACUGCGAGCACUUUGUCACAAAGCUACGAAACAACAUGGCAGUGUCUCGACAGGUGGUUGAUGAGGUUCUCAAAGCCCUUGACGUUCUGACUGGGGUCGAGUCCUUUGUUAAAGAUGUCAUUCAUAAAUAAAUAAAGGAGACAACCAAUGAGAGAACCGAGAAGACAAAACAACUGGCAGCAAUGAGACAGCAAGACGAAAGGAAAGAUCCUGCCGUUGUUUGAGUCAGUUAACCUGGCACCGAGUAUGAUUUUAAUGUUGUGAAUAACGUUGGUGUAUUGUUGUCAACACACACACACACACACACACACACACACACACACACACACACACACACACACACACACACACA